UUGCUAGUUUUUCAGUUUGUGUGCUUUUUCGAUUUGGCGAUUCGGGGAAAAAAUGAGAAAAUUCAAAUUGGAUUGGAUGCAAAUUGGUACCACAGUGUAAAUUGUGUCCUAGAUUUGCUCUUUUUCUCUGUUUUUUUUUCUUUUCAAUUUUUUGUGUACGAGAGAUUUUCGUGAUCUGAAUUGAGUUUUUUAGGUUUUAAGCUUCUGGCUUUUCUAAUUUUAGCAAUCUGGUGAACUAUUUUGUGAGGUUUGUAAGCAAACGCGCUUUUACCUUAUCUUUUGCUAACCUUCUAUUUUUGGGAGAUUCAUUUUGGAGGGGAAGGGGUUUCACUUGGAACCAUUGUUGGAUUGGAUUUCAAUGGGUGCUAGGUUUUGUUUUCUCACAUGAACAACAAAUUGUCUUGUUUUUUGUUCUAAUCUGCUCUUGAUUCUGUCAUGGCUUUGUGAUUGGAAUUUCCAAAACUAGUUCAAUUAUAAAAUCCUGCCCUAUAGAGGGUCAAUUUGCCAAAUUCUUAUAGGAAUCAAGUCAAGCAUCGGGCAUGUCAAGAAUCCGUUGCAUAUUGCGUGGUUUGGAUGUGAAAACCUAUAUAUUCCUCUUUGCGGUUGCCCCUAUGUGCAUAUUUGGAAUAUAUAUACAUGGGCAGAAGAUCUCUUACUUUCUGCGGCCUCUAUGGGAAAAACCACCUAAGCCGUUCAAUGUCAUUCCUCAUUACUAUAAUGAUAAUGUUACCAUGGAGAAUCUCUGCAGACUUCAUGGCUGGGGAGUUCGCGAGUAUCCAAGGCGUGUUUAUGAUGCUGUGUUGUUUAGCAAUGAGAUUGAAAUACUUACGUUGCGUUGGAAAGAAUUGUACCCGUACAUAAAUGAAUUUGUGCUCCUGGAGUCAAAUUCUACAUUUACUGGAUUGCCUAAGCCUCUGGUUUUCAAUGGCAAUAGGGAGCAGUUCAAAUUCGUUGAGCCUCGGUUAACUUAUGGGACUAUUGGUGGGAGAUUUAAGAAAGGAGAAAACCCAUUUGUUGAGGAGGCAUAUCAGCGUGUGGCAUUGGACCAACUCCUCAAGAUAGCUGGUAUUACAGAUGAUGACUUGUUGAUCAUGUCUGAUGUGGAUGAGAUACCAAGUGCUCACACUAUCAACCUCUUGAGGUGGUGUGAUGAAGUACCACAAAUCCUUCAUCUACAGCUGAAGAAUUAUCUCUAUUCAUUCGAGUUUCGUCUGGAUGAUAAGAGCUGGAGGGCUUCAAUUCACAGGUAUCAGACCGGCAAGACAAGGUAUGCACAUUAUCGCCAGUCUGACUUGUUACUGGCAGAUGCUGGUUGGCAUUGUAGCUUUUGCUUCCGCCGAAUCAGCGAUUUUAUUUUCAAGAUGAAAGCCUACAGCCAUUAUGAUAGAGUAAAGUUCUCUCAUUAUUUGAAUCCCGCGAGAAUUCAGAGAGUAAUCUGCAAAGGGGAUGACUUAUUUGAUAUGCUACCUGAGGAGUACACUUUCAAGGAUAUCAUUGGUAAAAUGGGACCAAUACCCCAUUCCUAUUCUGCAGUUCAUCUUCCUGCUUUCCUUCUAGAAAAUUUCGACAAGUAUAAAUUUCUCUUGCCUGGAAACUGCAUAAGAGAGAGAUGACCUGGGAAAGUCAUAUAUGAUGCCGCGGCUUAAUGCUAAGUUUGUAGCUUGUGCUACUCAAGAGACUCCUUUCAGAGGCUGUAACUGAGGCUGUGAUGAUUGUGUCACUCAUAUCGUUGUAUCAUUGUUCAGUGAGACAUUCUUUGGGAAUUCAGAGUUCAGACAAAUUCUUUGAUCUAGGGGGGAAUUCUGUUGUACAUAACUUAGAGUUGGACUUAAUUGAAGGGGGGAAGCAGCAUCUGAUGAGAGAUUGAAAGUGCUGUUUGAGAACAGGCUUUGCCCUCAUGAACUUCUGUGUUUAAAAUUCCCAGAUAUACAAUAGAGUAGUUUAAAAUUCCCCCACCUUUUUUCGGUUUGGGAAGUUUUGUUUUGCAGACCAAUUUAUAUUCUAAUUAUUCUUUGUUUAUGUUAAAUAUGUCUAAUUUGAUUGCUUGGUCUAUGUUCAUAA